AUAAGGUACAAAUUCCUUAUGCCAUUGUGUGGAAGGGUAGAGAAAGGGCAGUACAACAUGUAUUUGGAUCAUGAAAUGAUAAUUUUGACUGGCUGUAUAGGUUUAAGGCUGAGAUAGAGCUUAGGUGCCCUAGUAUUGUAGUGGAGAUUGGAACUAGGGAAGAGGGUGGACAAGUGUACUUUGGGCAAUUUUUUUGUUUCUUUGAUCCCUGCAUUAGUAGAUUUCUAACUGUAUGUAGGAAAUUUGUUAGCAUUGAUUCAACUGCCCUUAAUGGCAAAUGGAAUGAUCACAUGGUAGCUGCAAAUGCACUGGAUGGCCAUAAUUGGACGUAUCCUUUGGCAUUGGAUUCUUUGAUUCAGAGACUAAGGAGAAUUAGACUUGGUUCAUGGAGCAGUUGGCUAAAGCCAUAGGAACAGGUCCAAGCAUUGCUAUCUAUACAAAUGCUUGUAAAGGUCUUGAAGUUGCAGUGAAGAAGAUAUUCCCUAACUGUGAGCAAAGGGAAUGCUUUAGGAAUUUGAUGGACAACCUUGAUAAAAGGAAGACAUGGCAUAUAUAUGGCAAUUUGUGACUUGCAGCUAGAGCCUACAGGCCAGAGAUAUUUGAGCAUCACUUGAACAAAGUCCUUGCAUGUGAUCCUGAAGUUGGGCAGUGGCUGAACAAGCAUCACAAUCUUCUUUGGGCAAGGAGCAAGUUCUCACCAAUAAUUUGGCUGAAUCAUGGAAUGAAUGGAUAAAGGACUUCAAGGACCUCCCAGUUGAUAUCCUAGCAGAUGCAAUCAGGGAGAAGAUAGCCAUGAUGUGGGCUAAGAGAAGGAAGAUAGCCAAUAGACUGAAAGGAAAGAUACUGCCAGCUAUUGUUCAUCAACUAAAUGCUGGCAUUCAUGGUUUAGGUAACAUGAGGGUCAUGAUGGGUGCAGAUGACAUAACUGAAGACUGAACUUCUACAUGGGUUAGAUGUGCUGAGACAUGUUGUGAACCUGGGAGAGCACAAGUGCACUUGUAGGAAAUGGAAAAUUAUAGGGAAGCCAUGUCCUCAUGGACUAGCUGCUAUAUCCACACAACGGAACCCAGUCAUGGAUGAUUUUGUGGAUCCAAUUUUCUUUAUUGAUUGCUUCAGGGCUACCUAUGCAGGUGUGAUUCCCUGCAUUACAGAUAAGUCACAGUGGCCAGAGGUGAACAAGGGAUUCAAGCUUCAACCACCAACAUGCAAGCCAAGGGAAGUAGAGAGGCAGAGGAAGAAUAGAAUUCCAUCUGCUCUAGAGAAGGGUAAGAACAAGAGCAAGCUGAAAAGGCAGGUCAACUGUAACCUGUGUGGUGGGACUGGCCAUAGGUCAGGGAGUUCAAAGUGUCCCCUUAUUGGUCUUAAAAAGAGGAAGCGGAACCCAAAGAACAAGACCAAGCUUGGUAGGAAGAAAAGCAAGAAGGAUGUGGUUGACUAGAUUAUCACUCCACCUAGAACAAGGACUAUCCUCAACACUCUUCUUGCAGAUAGUCCUGGUCCUGUGACCAGGAGGUUUGUUCCUUGAACUGAUGACAUGAAACUUGAAAUUUCCUGGACAUUGCACUGA